UGUGCGCUGUCAACAUGGCGGGGAGAAAAUGUCUUGCAGGACCUUUUGAAAAAAUGCAUAUCUUUGGUAUUCUCCUGGCUAUAUUUAUAAUAAACGUUUCUGCAGACCAGGGAGUCGAAAGCAAAGUACUGUCAGUCGCUGACACCAACUGGACUUUGAUCCUCGAAGGAGAAUGGAUGUUAAUGUUCUAUGCCCCCUGGUGUCCGGCCUGCCAGCAGAUAAAGGAGGAAUGGGACACGUUCUCCCGGCACAGCGCACAGCUAGAUCUCUCUGUGGGGAAGGUGGACGUUACCCAGCAACCAGGUUUGAGUGGUCGCUUUCUGGUCACGACGCUGCCUACUAUUUUCCACGCCAAGGAUGGAAAUUUCCGGAGGUACUUGUCAUCGCGGACGGUGGAGGACUUCCAGAACUACAUCAUAGAGAAGAAGUGGGAGGUGGUCGAACCUGUGCCAGGAUGGAAGUCACCGUCCUCGAUUGUAAUGACAGGAAUGGCUGGACUCUUUCAGCUGUCUGUGUGGAUCAGACAAAUCCACAGUUACCUGACUGAAACGCAGGGGCUCCCAGUGUGGGCAUCGUACUUGAUAUUCGCCGUGGCAACACUGCUGACUGGACUCAUCCUGGGCCUGGUGCUGGUUUUGAUCGCUGACUGCCUGUGUCCAUCGAGACCAAGGCACAAAUCUGGAAAAACAGAGGUGUGCGUGAAGGAUGAAUUUUCCGAAGAUGAAGUAAACGCCUCCCUGUCCGAGGAGAACCGGCCGUUUGACACCGAGAAUGAGAAUGAGAUGGAGAUGGAGAUGGAGGUCAAGUUCUCCGGAGAGGAGUCUGCAGGAGAGGAGGACGUGACCACAUUGGGAGCAGCUAACGACAGUGACAGCCAGCAGCCAGAGGGGGCGGCAGAGAGUGAAGUUCGACACCGGAAGCCCCAGGGUUCAAAAAUAGUUGAGGAAGAGACCUAACCCUUGUUUCCUAGCACAGCCAACCAGAAUCGUGAAAGAAGAGCGUCGACCCCGUGCAUGCGGGCUAGGGCUGCCGUCUACACGGCGCACGCCCAUACGGAAUGACCUUCACAUGACCUUUUAGUUGUUGAAAGUAAGUUUUGCCUCUCGCUCCUUGGCUUGCUUGCUGUACUGUGCAUGUAAUUUCCCUCUCGUUUCUGCAAAAACACUCCUGCGCUUAUAAGCGCACUGUGCUGGCUUUGGCUCAGGGGAGUAACAAAAUCUGCUUCAGUUACAGAAAUUUUUGUUUCCUUCAUUUGGAAAACAAUUCUGCAUUGUUUUUCUUCCACAAUUUUUUCUAAUGUAAAAUAAUAAUUUAAUCAAAUAAUUCUGGUCUAAAACUGCAUGGGAUGUUUCCAGCAAAAGCAGUUUUCAUUUAAUAUUCUCCCAGUACAGUUGAUAACAUUUGGUAAGCAAGAUGCAUUUUAUUUAACUCUGCAGUGUCUGCUGAAUAAUGACUGGCACUACAGAAAAUCUUUCAAAAAUCUUUCCAACAAUGAGUUUACAGAAUCAUAAGUGUUAUGAUAUUACAAUGUAUAUUGUGCUUAAAGCAACCUGACAUCCAAUAACAGUAUAAAUGCACAACACAUUCCAGAGUGGUUAGAAAUACACCUCCUGCUUCCUAUUUACUCAACCUAGUGUAAUACAUGUGUGGAUUGUACAGGAACUAGGAUGCAGGGUGAUUUUGCAGGAUGUAUGUUCUUGUGUUACUAAGUAUUGAAAACCUAAUUUGGCUGCAUUACAGUAUUGAAUCGUUCACACUCCAAGAAGCGUAAGAAUGAAUUGGAUGUACAAUUCUUUCUGACAUUGCAGAAAUAUUUUCUUGGAUUCUUUAUAUGAUUGCACGUCAUUUCUCUGCUUGCUUUUUGAACGCUACUCCAUGAGAAAAGUUGAGUAAUUUCAUACAGCACAGUCUCAAGUCUCAACGCAGAAAAAAUAUGAAACAAAGGAAAGCUUGUCCAUAAAACCAGGAGACAUACAGACCGAGGUAAUCAGUCUUUUCUGCGAAGGGAAUACGGGGCACUUUGCAGUCUGGUAGUGCUGAAAGACUGCAGAAGUAAAAGUGGUCAGUUUGUCUUAAAUGCCCUCUACUGGCCAACACAGAAGUUAGCAGUCAAGAUGCUCUGAACAGUAUCUUUGGUGACGUGUUUAACCAGCUUGCAUUGACAAUCUGAUUAUAUGUGAUAAUCUGAUUAUAGGCUUAUGGAGUUUUAAGUUUUACAUGUAUUUGCUUCCAAAGCCUUUUUAAAGAGUCAUGAACUGACUCUGUAUUUAUCUGUCCAUGCUAAAAUAUAUAAUCAAAUGCUCAGCUUAGAGUGGGGAACAAGGUGUUGAGAGAAAAUGUGUAAUAAAUGAAUUACAGUUGCCAAAUAAUAGCAUCAGUAUUGAUGUCCUAUUUCUUCUUUAGUUGUGUUGGUGUUCUGGGAUAAGGUUGUUAGGAUAUGCAAUGAACAGGAAAGAAAUUCAUAAACCCAUGAAUUUUAAUGCCCCGAUAUCCUGUGAGUUUCAAAUGUGUAAAAAUUGCUUUAAUAUUUGUCUUAGCAGAUAUAAUUUGUUUAAAAUAUGUUAAACCUUGGAUUUAGUAUUUUUCCAUGUUCCCUGCAUGUGUCUGGUCCAGAUUUUAGUAUUAAGCCUGAAAAAAACCUGAUUUGACAAUCACAUUCUUCUGUGUACUUUUUACUGUUUUAGCACAUCAAUGGGCAUAUUUAUACAUGGAAUGAUUUUUACUGAUUUAUUUAUUCAACUCAGAAAAUAAAUUCACUAUUUUUCAGACAGAAAUGAUAUAUGUAGCACUAUGAAACCAGCCAACAGAGAAAAAUGCAUUUUGAUAUAUCAAUUUAUCUAUCAUUUUUUGUAAAUCUAAUCAGAAAUUCUACAUUUUUCAAAAGGGUAACUUCACUAAAAAUCAAAUAUGCUGUUCCCUACCUUACAGGUGUACAUAUUGAGUACAGACAUUUGCUAAGGAGCCGGUUUCACUGUGGACAAAUGUGUACAUUUCAGUGACAAAGAAAGAAAUGAGAAAAUAACUUCAGGGGCAAAAUUAGUCAACAAAUGUUAUUACAUUAUGCAUGUGAAAGCACUUAAUGUACAGUAGCACACACCGUGAGCUACAAUAAGUGCAAUAAGCUGUCCCCAAACAGUCUUGUAAAAUGAUUUCAUUUAAAGUUACUUGAUUAUAUAAGAUUGCAGUACAUUACUGUAUCUCCCACUUCACCUCUGUACGCACUGUUAUAUAACCACCAAGGACCAUAUUGUAAUUCAGCUUCUGAUAUUUCCUUCAGUGGUAUAAUCUUUGCCUGCACCCUAGUAGUGAUUUUAUUUCACGCAUUUAUGGUAGCCAGCCAGCUAAAUGUAGCACUAGCGAAACGGCAGUACCAACAGAUUUUAUCUAUCGAAUGCUGCAGCCUCAUAUUGACUGUAUGACAAAAAAUGUCUCUAGCUAAUGCUUGGGUGCUAGAUGCAUAUACCAACCCAUUGUGUUUUCCAUAACUGCCUUUGAAACAUCUCCUCUAAAUUAACAUUCAGCUGUAUUUGAAACAAACUAAGUACCGAGUUGGCAAAAUAAUUAGGCUGGUUUAUACUUCCUCAACUGACUGUUAUUUUAUUGAAUGACAGCAGCCAAAAGUGGUUGCAGUCAUUUGGAAAAAUCUGGUGUGAUGCUAAAUAAAGGGAUAAUAGUUGAAACGCCAGGUUAUGGGUUUCCAAGCUGGCAGCAUGUCAUUGGCAUGUAGGAUAAUCUGUCUUCCAUUUUAGCUUCGAUAGCGAGUGAUAUUUAGCAAAGCAGCUAAUGUUAGCUACCUCACUACUGUUGUUCAGCGUUUCAAGCUGUACAUCAUUACAGAUUGCUGACCACAAUGUUGGUCAGGUAUAAGCAAGUUUUACAGUCAUAACACCAGUAGAGACAUGGAGGUGAACAGCAGUGUUUUCUGCAAUUUGUACAGGAAUCGGAUGGUGUGGAGUAGCUUACGAAACCAAGAACUGGCUUAUUUUCUUCUUUUAAAUGUCAAUACAUACUAUAGUGAAGGUAUGGAACAGAAUAUGUAAUUUUCUGUGAUGUUUUCUUUUGAACUGUCAUUCAACAAAAGUCUACAGUGCCUCUACAGAGCAACUUUUUUUAUGAAAGUCUAUCAUUUAUAUUUUCAUAAUCUGAUGUGUUUACGUGUAAUAAUUAUUUUUAUGUUGGAUAUAGGAUCUUGAAUAUAUACAAUUUCAAAGACAGCUUUGCAUAGCUUUUUAUUUCAUUUUAUGUAUGGGGGGGAAUUAUAAUUUGUCCUGUACUGUACGGUGCGAUAUUACCACCCUGUAUGUGCAAAUGUGAAAAUAAAAGAUUAAAAAAUCUAA